ACCAUACCCAUACAUACACAACUUGACCCCCACCAACUCAUCGAUUAAUUGACUGCCAGCAGACCACCCUCAGCAAGGCGGAAUUGUCGAAUCUGGGGGUUGAUCGUUAAUAGGGCGGUCGGUGAUUGGGUCUGCGUUGUUAAUCGAGGAACGAUAUGAAUAAAGGCUGACAGUAUUUGACGAACUGCGAUCAUCAUGGACCAUCAUCAUCAGUUGCAGCCAUUACCUAGGAGUCUGUGAUUCUUGGGUAAAUGCAAUCUCCUUGCUCAGUAACUCACACCGCACCCUCACGCACACAUACAACAAGAAGACCUCCUCGAUUCGGAAGAGGGCGACACAGUGGUCUGACGCUGAUGCAAAUGCCAACAACCGACAACGUCAAUGAUUACUCCACAGCCCUGUCGUGGCCCUUGAAGCUCGUGGCAUCUCGGCAGCUGGCAACGGGACGAACAAAGGGUCUGCCCGCCUCAACCGGCCGAGUUCAGGCUUCAGCUCUGUUGAUUGUGAGGCGGAUGUACGUAUGCAAUAUCAACUCUGUGGAUGAAAGAUAACUAUCGGAUAAAUUCUCGGUUCUGGAGUCUACAACUUCAAAGGCUGAGAGGGAGUAGAUAUUGACCGCCUCGUGGACAGCGGCAUCUGCUCACGUCGAUUCCCCAUAUUCCAUUAGCCGAAGCAGGGCUGUCCACUGGAAAGAUGCCAGAUCAUUAGUUAGCAUGACAUGGGCAAAUGCAUGUGACCCGAUCUGUGGAACCCAGGCCAAAUGUUCCAUGUUAAGUCAAUUGCCGCUUCUUUGAUUGACGUGGAGGAGAUGAGGUGGCACAGCCAAAGUGUACGACAAUGUCUUUUAUCAUGCCGACUUUUCUCAGCCACUCAGAAUAACCUUAUUCUUUCGACGAGUCGGUCAAUUCUUUUCUUCUUUCUUAUUUUCCUCGGCUUUGCUCAAAACACUCGCUCUCCCGUGUCCGCGUCCGCGUCCCUGCAUCGCAAUCGCUCGCCUUACAGCUGAUCAGUACCUAUCACCACAGCCUCAAUCAGAAUCUCGGCCCAUCCGCUCGAGUUAGCUCAGCUCCGAUAAGAGACAUAUUUUGUUCAGCUUACCUUCUCCAUCACUGAUAGGCCACUGAAUUCCUCAAUCUUUUUCUGGAUACGACAUGGCGAGCUUCGACUGUUUCCCCAUCAUCCUCGAUACCCUGGACUCACCUAGCCCUAGGCCUUCAACACGAGGUUCACCAGCCUCUCUGAUUCCAGAUAUCUAAAGUAAUUUCAGGACACGAGACAAUCCUCCCUUGCUGAGAAGACAAACUGCGUCAUUGUCUCUCCUAUCUAAGGCUGAACAAGACUGUGUCUCGCGCCGCCGCUUACUAGCACGUGGUCCAUGGCUGAAAGAACACGAGCUAUUCUCUCGGUACCAGGCGUUCGUCAAUGCAGUCUCCCCUGUUGACAUCUGGAAAGGCCCAAAAUAGACAUCGAUCCCCACACUUUGUUCACUAACAGUUGAGCGAGGGACACUUUAACAGUCAGCUCCGAGAGGCGGGCCCCCACACCGACGCCUCAACCGCUCCGCUCCGAGUUGGAGAUUCGGCCGCUUUCGGUAUCGCGAGAACCUCCUUUACUAUUUCGUGGUACGAGACAAUGAAAGAGAAGCCGCCAGCUGGGAAUAAUUGGCUUGUAUAGAGAAUCGCCUCCUUCCAGGGGGCGUCGGAUCGGUUUCGUGUUAGUCCAUGCCAUCGGGUUGUAUGCCGAGCAUGAUAUCCUCGUCUUCGCGUUUACUUCCAACAGCCAACGGCUAGGUAUCCAAAAGUUUGAGCCAUCACUAUCAUCCUGCUCCUGUCGCGAUGAGGCUACGAUUUGGAAUAGCUGUCGCCGUGCGUAUUUUAUGUGACGUAGCAGCUUCUCAAGGACGUAAAGUCCAGGUCCACCGGAAAACGAGACAUUUUAUUCUAGCCCAUUUUCUCUCCAGGCGGCCGACUUUUCUCUCAGUAUGGCCUCACUGAUCUCAUCAACCCCGGGCGAAAAUGAAGCCUCUACGGGUUUUGUGAACAAGCCCCCGCCACUGGGGACCUAGCGAGUCAUGGGGCUAAGAGAAUCAGUGAUAUUUGAUUGGGUAGAGACCCUGCAGCCUUCGUCUAGGAAAACGAGCUUUGCUCCCUUGAAAUCUAUUUGGGGAUAUCCCGCCUACUGGCGUGGAUUGUAUCGGGCAAAGGCUGGUCCUCAAUACGAAGGAAUUCUUGAAUUGCCUGCCUCUGAUUUCUUUGAACCGUGUCAGCCGUGCUUCAAGACCACGCUUCUCGUGGAAUAUUUCCUCUCGACUGCCCCGAGUCAUUGGCGAGGCACCUGGUGAUAUACGGAGCCUACAUUAGCAACAUGUAGACGAAGCCACUGUUGUCCAUAAUCAGUCCCAGAAAAGAUAUACCGCAUAGCCACUGAGGAAUGCCAAGAUAACAUCAUGGCGCCGCCAAAGGACAAAGAACGAAAGAGAAAGUUUCAUCGGAGAAGCAAAAACGGAUGCACUCGAUGCAAGGCCAGGCAUGUGAGGUGCGACGAGCAAAAGCCGCUUUGGUAUGUUAAACUUCCCGGUCUUACUCGUGGAACAACCGAUACUUUCCCCUCGUUUUCUUGUCGUUGCUGCAUGGCUAUGCGAGGCUCCGGCGUGGGAUAGACGAGCUUUGCAUGAGGCUCCGGUCGGUUGAGUCGUAAGCCUUGUAGGACUGACUAACAAAUAUUGCCAACACAGCACCAAUUGCCUUCAGACGGGGAGUGAAUGCAUAUAUCCAACUCCAGAACAGCCGCUCCCAUCCAAUGAUUCGUCACCUUCACCAUCAUCGGCGUCCAGCAAUGUUGCUCUGGGGAAUUUUGGGUCCCAAAUGGCACUUACCGAGUCAGCGGCACCAGCCUCGCCAGGGAUGAGCAAUGCCCUCAACAAUUACGUUGGAGGGUCCUUCGAUGCUCUUCCGGAGCACUCCAAACGCCUUCUGCGACAUUUUUCACAGUACACGGUCUGGGGCUCGAGGCCUGUUGCUCGGGAGCUGGAAUCUUCAGCAAUACAAAAAUCGUUCGAGAACCCUGGCUACAUGCACAUGUGCCUCAUGUUAUCAGCAUGUCAGUGGGCAUGGGUUACCGGUUCGAUGGACGAGGUCAGGAUCCCAUUCCUGUACCAUAAAGCAGCAACCUAUCAAUUCGCGAGAGAACAGCUCCAGAGUCCUGAAUUGGCACAGAGCGGAGACACUAUGUUGGCUAUAUCUGCGCUUGCGCUGACUGAGGGCGCGAUAGGAGAACUGGACGCUUCCUCAAGACACUUGAAGGGUAUACAAUCUGCCGUAAAGGAGUGGAAUAGGGUUGUCGACCCAGUGCCGACGUUGCCCCAGAGAAUGCUCAAAAUGGUCGGAGAAGGACUACGAACCGGAAAAGCAGGCCAGCUCGUGAACGUGCCCGAAUACCAACCAACCUUUAUGGCUCUCCUAUUUGCGUCGAUAUGGGAUAUCACAGCGCUGCCGCCGCGCGAAGCUCCGAGAUAUGGCUGGUGGGAAGAUCUCGAAACACCAGCGGCCAGACUUUGGCAAAAUCAUACCAGAGACCUCAACCUCAACUAUGAGAUUUCAAGAGGUUUCAGCGCGAGUCAAUAUGUACCACGAAUCUUGAACGGUGACCCUAAAAGUAGUCGAACAAGUUUCAUAGCGACCUUCUUCUAUCUUUGUUCUGAGCUGGGCGACAGAUACUUCGACGUAACCAUGAUCGAUUGGCUUCUUGAACAACUGAUAGAUGAUGUUAAUGCAGGCGAAGAACAUCUGAGGAUGAGUGAAUGGACACAGUCACUCUGGUUAUUUUGCGUACUGUUUGGAGCGUCCAUAGCGUUCACUGGCCGGGCCAAUAAUGUAAUCGAAGAAAGACAACUGAGCAAAUGGCGAGGCGUUUACGGCGACAAAAUGAAACUGGCCAGUCGAGAGCUGGGAAUCAAAAGCUGGCAGUCAGCCCGGGCGAUGCUGGCUGAAGUGGUGGGAGGGAUAGACGGCGAAUUAGAAAAGGGUCUAGAGGAGUUAUGGAAUGAGGGGAUAUCAGGAGAGACAUCGGGCGAGAGCAGUGCAAGUCCAGCAGUGGUAGAGCUGUCAGAAUCCGACUAAGCCAUGAAUGCUUCGUUACCUUGGCUGAGUUGGCGUCUGACUGCUUGAAAACAGAGUGGGAGCAAGCCAGGUGAUGCGUGGAUGCGAGCUAUCAUAUAUUUGGUGUUGGCAUGUUGUGGUUCAAGGCCAAUGAGAAGGGUCCAUGAGAUACCCGCAAGAUAGAUAUCGGCUAAGCUGACGGUAGAAUGAGAGGACAUCAACUCAUAGAAUACAUAUAGUUUUCCCUGGAGGAAGAGAUGAAAUUCAGAUAGGCAUGUAGUGUUCAACAAGAGACUCAAAGAGCCACAGACGAUAACAAGCUGAGGCGGUUAUACCAUCACGUGGAGUU